CCCCUUUCUGCCCUCCUCUCUCUCCUCCCCAUUUCUCUGAGUUUCUGUGCCCCUCUUGGGGGUCUCUGUCCCCCUCUUGCAAAGUCCCUGUCCCUCUGUGCCUGGGUCUCUUUCUCCCUCUAUCCAUCCAUCCACACGCCUGCAGGCCCUCCAUUGGCUGGGUUCAGAGUGGGCGGGUUCUGUCGCCUGGGGCAACAGCAACAACAAGCCUGCUCCUGCUUGGCUAGGGGGAGGGGGUGGGACCAUGGCCGGUCGGACCCUAGCUCUGCGGUAUGGUCCCCCGUGGCCCCCAAUCUCUGGGACCGAGGCGCCUGGAUCCUGGGCCAACUGGCAUCUCACCAGCAGUGGUGUCGCGCACCCCAUUAUCCCAUCCGUGCCCUUUCCCCCGCCCACUGUGCAGUCCACGGUCGCGGAGCCACUGCCCCCGGCCGCAAAGCAGGAUUUGCACAUCUGGGAUUUCGACGAGGUCAUCAGUAGAUGGGAGACGACCUCCGGCUCGGCUUACGUGCCCAAGACCCAUGGUGGGCCCUACGCGCAGCCCAGGGCCCCAGAGCCUGCGGACCCCACGCGGACUGUGGGGAUCAAGGAUUUAGGGGAAAAGCUCAGACACCGCGGCUGGCGCCUCCCUCUGAUCACAAAGCACCAGUGCAGCGAGACGAGGGCGCAGUACACCGGCUGGCCCGGCCUGGACCAGCGCGCCACCUUCGGCGUCGGGCCCCAGCCCCUGGAGCUUGCGGACCACCACCGCGGGGGCCCCUCCCAGGCUGUAAUCCCCUGGACGAAGAACCCGGACCUGGCCGGCCGGGCUUUCACAGUAUCCGACCAGGGCGUCCUGGACCGCCUUGAGCUCUAUCUGACCACCUCGGCCCGGGACUUCCGGGCCUACCCGAAGAAGGAGUUGUCUGCGUAUCCCCGCAAGGACCCGCUGACCUACUGGAGCUUCGAGGAUACGCCCCAGGCCUGGGGACCGCAGCGGCCACCCUGUACGCGCUGCUCUCGGCCGCCCCGGCCACCGGAGACCCGCGUGCCCCGUGUCCGCCCGGUGACGCCAGCCGUGCCGCACCGCGGGGCCUUGUCUCUGGCUCAGGAGUCCUAUGGGCCCCCGCUGCACCCACUGCGCCGGCUCGACCGAUUCUGCCCGCUGGAGCUGCCCUGGGGCGGCCCCCACUGGAAGCCCGUGGCGGGCAUCCACAGCGUGCCGCAAGCCUACAGCACCGAAAACUCGGGCUACGGCAGCUUGAAGCCCGCGCUCUUCUGAGCCGGACGCGCCAGCCCCGCCCC